GCGGCGGCGGGGAGGGGAGAGGCUCUGAGAGGCGAGGCCGGGUGAAACGGCGAGGGCGGCCCGACCGACGUGGGACAGGACGGGACGGGGCAGCGCGGGCGCCGGGAGCUGCGGCCCGGAGUCGGGGCGCCUCGCCCCGGGUCCCCCAGCAUGAAGACCCCGGCGGACACAGGGUUUGCCUUCCCGGAUUGGGCCUACAAGCCCGAGUCGUCCCCUGGCUCGAGGCAGAUCCAGCUGUGGCACUUCAUCCUGGAGCUGCUGCGGAAGGAGGAGUACCAGGGUGUCAUCGCCUGGCAGGGGGACUACGGGGAAUUUGUCAUCAAGGAUCCCGACGAGGUGGCCCGGCUCUGGGGUGUCCGCAAGUGCAAGCCCCAGAUGAAUUAUGACAAGCUAAGCCGGGCCCUGCGCUAUUACUACAACAAACGCAUUCUGCACAAGACCAAGGGGAAGCGGUUCACCUACAAGUUCAACUUCAACAAACUGGUGCUGGUUAAUUACCCCUUCAUUGAUGUGGGGCUGGCUGGGGGUACAGUGCCCCAGAGUGCCCCUCCAGUGCCAUCGGGUGGCAGCCACUUCCGCUUCCCUCCCUCAACACCCUCUGAGGUGCUGUCCCCCACUGAGGACCCCCGCUCACCGUCGGCCUGCCCUUCGUCCUCAUCCUCCCUCUUCUCGGCUGUGGUGGCCCGACGCCUGGGCCGUGGCUCAGUCAGUGACUGUAGCGAUGGCACUUCAGAAUUGGAGGAGCCACUGGGAGAGGACCCCCGCACCCGACCUCCAGGCCCUCCGGAGCUGGGUGCCUUCCGUGGGCCCCCACUGGCCCGCCUGCCCCAUGACCCAGGUGUCUUCCGUGUCUACCCCCGGCCCCGGGGUGGCCCUGAGCCCCUAAGCCCCUUUCCUGUCUCGCCUUUGGCCGGGCCUGGUUCUCUGCUACCGCCUCAGCUCUCACCGGCCCUGCCCAUGACGCCCACCCACCUGGCCUACACGCCCUCACCUACGCUGAGCCCUAUGUAUCCCAGUGGUGGCGGGGGCCCCAGUGGCUCAGGGGGAGGCUCCCACUUCUCCUUCAGCCCUGAGGACAUGAAACGGUACCUACAGGCCCACACCCAAAGCGUCUACAACUACCACCUCAGUCCCCGCGCCUUCCUGCACUACCCUGGGCUGGUGGUGCCCCAGCCCCAGCGCCCUGACAAGUGCCCGCUGCCGCCCAUGGCACCUGAGACCCCACCGGUCCCCUCCUCGGCCUCGUCCUCCUCUUCUUCCCCAUUCAAGUUUAAGCUCCAGCCACCCCCUCUGGGACGUCGGCAGCGGGCAGCUGGGGAAAAGGCUCCAGCAGGCGCUGACACGAGCAGCAGCAUUGGCAGUGCUGGCAGCACAGGUGGGCUGGCUGAGGGGGCAGGGGCACUGGCCCCACCACCUCCACCACCACAGAUCAAGGUGGAGCCAAUCUCAGAAGGCGAGUCAGAGGAGGUGGAGGUGACUGACAUCAGCGAUGAGGAUGAGGAAGACGGGGAGGUGUUCAAGACACCUCGUGCUCCUCCUGCACCUCCCAAGCCUGAGCCCGGCGAGACACCUGGGCCUGCGCAAUGCAUGCCUCUCAAGCUGCGCUUUAAACGGCGCUGGAGUGAAGACUGUCGCCUGGAGGGUGGUGGUGGGGCCCCCACUGGGGGCCUUGAGGAUGAGGGUGAGGACAAGAAGGUGCGUGGGGAGGGACCCGGGGAGGCUGGGGGUCCCCUCACCCCAAGGAGGGUGAGCUCUGACCUCCAGCAUGCCACAGCCCAGCUCUCUCUGGAGCAUCGAGAUUCCUGAGGGCUAUGGGCAGGGGACCCCGUUCCCCCACUCCCAGUGCUUCUUUUGCUGCCUUAACUCCCCAGUGUCCUGGAGGUGAGGGCAGCUCUAGUCCCUUCCUUGCCUCCUCCCUUUCCUUUCCUUGUAUUUUGUAUAAACUUAAUUU